AAACAGAACGGUGUUGACGACCUAAAUUAAUAGGAUGCGACUUUGUUAACCUCACAGCCAUGACACCAUUUUACAAAGAGCUUAAACGCCUAUUAGAGCCUUUAGAAAAAGGUUCUCUGCUUGAGAUUCAUGACAUACCAACAAUCCCAAUUCCAUGCAAAAAAUUGACUGUGAAUUCCAAAGGAGAUUUCAAACAGACGCGACGAUUGAUCUUAAUCACUACUCAAUCUUUAGGCUGUCCUAAAGCCAUCGUUUGUGGAAUGGAAACGAUUGAAUACAGAGAAUACCAUCCAGAAGGCCGUAUCGAGUCAUCCAUUUAUAUCAGCAAAGUAGACACUACUGGUUAUCCUUCAAUCAAAAAUAUCACAGCAAUUAUGAUUCAAGCAUAUCUUAUCAGUCUAGGACCUUGCAAAGUGUAUGUCUUUGCUUGUGCUCAACCACAGUACUUGUUUAGGGACUCGGCCAAUUAUUGUGAGAAAAAAACAAAAACUUUGGGCGAUAGAGCUCUAAUUGGCUGGUGGCGUAAUAUAUUGAGUCACCCUACUCUGUGGAAUAUCAACACACAAAACAUAUCCGAGAAUGACUCAACUCUGAGCUCAAUAAAGAAGACAAAGGGAUGGUGGAGUAUUCCCGGAGUAGACGACGAACGACAGGCUGUUCACGCAACAGGAAAUCGAUUGAAAAACAUUCCUGGAGUUGUGUGGAAGUACGGCUACCCAUACGAUCCAAAAGCAAACAUCAAAGAUGUUAUUCCGCUAUUUGAAGAUGAUACCAAAGCGCGACUCUCAGCGGCGUUGUGCGAAUCCAAAGGGGGCCGCGACAGUGAAGAUACCAUAAAUGUCGAAGGAUUUUGGGAGAUUCUAGGUCAUACAGAAGAAUGUGGAGCUGGAAGGUUAACUGCAUUCCUUGUACUGGAUUUAACCAAUAGAACAAAGCCUAAAGACAAUACAACUGAAAAAAUGAUCAUGCGAAAAAGUUUCACGCGUAUUUGGAACACGAUGAUGGACCUCUUUUUUGAUACAAAAGAAAAUAUCGAGAAGUCUACUAAGAAACUUGAGGCUACUAUACUUGAAUACAGACCUGCUGUUGAGCCUUACAAGAUUCACACUUUAGGAGAUCCGGUUGACAAAAGAGCUUCAAGUAGUGUAGAUAAAAAUAAUACGGAAGUGAGAACAUUGUCUUCCAAUCUCAUCAAGAAAAAAGCUGGAAGUACAUCACCUGCGAAUGGUUUGGAAAGUAGCUCGAUCAAGACAAGUUCAGCUGAAAAUACUCCUGUGGUAAAUGUUUUGGGAAAUAGCUUGAUUAAACGAAAAACACCAGUAAGCGUUCCCGCGGUGAAUGUCUUGAGAUCUAGUCUCAUCAAACGAAAGACGACCGAAAACACUCCUAAGGUGAAUACACUGGAAGCUAAUUCUAUCAAGCGAAAGACAACAGGGGAUAUUCCUAUGAGUACUGUUCUGGAGAACAACUUGCAGAAGCGCCUUAAAACCGAAGAAUGAAUCUCAAAUACUUGUAACCACAAAAGCACUGAUAAUAUACUUUAUAUUAAGUAGCUAGUGUAUCCCUUUUUAUACAUUUACAUUAAUAUUGAUAGAUAAAGCUUUGACUAUUUAAAAUGUAUACUAUAUUUACCUGUACAAAUAAAGACACACAAUUCAAUUUUGU